CCAACGUGUCAGACCCAGGUGUCCAGUGCUCUUCCGGCUGCCCCCAUGCAGCUGGAAUUAGUGGAGCUGACCAGUGCUGGAUCGGCAUGGCAUGAGGGGACGCCAGAUUAAGGGGGACAGCCCGGGGUCCCGGGCCGCAGAAGCGGGGAGGGGCCAGCAGAGGAUCUGGGUGCUGUUUCCUUCCCAAGUUCCGCCCCAAGCGCGCCGGCCCCGCCCCCGCCGUUCCCGCUCCGACCCGCCCCCCACCGCUCGCCCCCCGGGCCCGGCCUGGGCUUCCCCCGGGUGCUCCCUGCUCUCGGACUGCGCCGGCGCGGCCUCCUCGCCGCCACGGCCUGGGGGCCCGAUGUUCCAGAGUGAGCUCUCCCUUCUUCACCCCGCCGGCACUCCUGGUCCAGAUUCUUCCUUAGGUGCCCCAGGAGAGAGGUCUGACAAGAUGUACGAGGUCCCACUGCCACUGGAUCGGGAUGGGACCCUGGUCCGGCUCCGCUUCACCCUGGUGGCCCUGGUCACGGUCUGCUGUCCACUUGUCGCCUUCCUCUUCUGCGUCCUCUGGUCCCUGCUCUUCCACUUCAAGGAGACUACGGCCACACACUGUGGGGUGCCCAAUUACCUGCCGUCGGUGAGCUCGGCCAUCGGCGGAGAGGUGCCCCAGCGCUACGUAUGGCGCUUCUGCAUUGGCCUGCACUCAGCACCCCGCUUCUUGGUGGCCUUCGCCUACUGGAACCACUACCUCAGCUGCGCCUCCCCGUGUCCCAGCUACCGCCAGCUUUGCCGCCUCAAUUUCGGCCUCAACGUCGUGGAGAACCUUGCGCUGCUAGUGCUCACCUAUGUCUCCUCUUCCGAGGACUUCACCAUCCAUGAAAACGCUUUCAUUGUGUUCAUCGCCUCAUCCCUCAGUCACAUGCUCCUCACCUGCAUUCUCUGGCGGCUGACCAAGAAGCACACAGUAAGUCAAGAGGAGCGCAAGUCCUACAACUGGAAACAGCGGCUCUUCAUCAUCAACUUCGUCUCCUUCUUCACGGCGCUGGCUGCGUACUUUCGGCACAACAUGUAUUGUGAGGCUGGAGUAUACACCAUUUUUGCCAUCCUGGAGUAUACUGUUGUCCUAACCAACAUGGCGUUCCACAUGACGGCCUGGUGGGACUUCGGGAACAAGGAGCUGCUCAUUACCUCCCAGCCUGAGGAAAAACGGUUCUAAACCCUUCUCUCCUGCUGGCGAGGAGGCCCACUGCCCAGAGAAACUAGGACAGGAUACCACUCUGGCCUUCCCUUACCCCCUGCGUCCUCUCUGAGCCCUACUGAAGCUGGGGUAGAGGGGAAGAAGGGAAGAAAGGCACAGGACAAGGCUUUCCCCGGCCCUACUGGCUCCUCCUUUCCCCCAGCCCACGUGAAGGCACAGGCUCCUUCAAGCAGCAUCACCCGUACCUGAGAAGCCCCAAGAAGCUGAGCUGGCAGGAGAGCUCCACCAUCUGGUGCUAAAAGAAGUCCUGAGGUUCAUAACCACCAUCUGGUUCUUGGCCUUUACAUAGCCACCUCUCGCUGAGGUCAGGGACCACUGAGCAGUGGCUGCUACCAGAAAACCGCAGCCAUUUCUCCCCAUGGGGUCAUUCACUUGACCCAUGCGUCUAAUGAUCUACUCUGCACAUUCAGGCCUGUGACCACAUUCCCCUGCUGAGUAUGCCCAGGUGUCCCAGACCCGACUUCCCCUCUGAUAUGGUGUAUGCCCUUCCCUAUGUGAGCCUCCUCGUGUCCGUGUGGAUGAUGGGGGUGAGGGGUGGGAGGCUAUAUGGUUUCCGAGGGCUCUGCCAGUCUGUGCUUCUCCCUGUGGAGGUGGUGUUCUGUACCCAAAGGAUACAGAAAAAGCACUGGCACAGCAUGUAUUUCCCUUCCCUUCUGGAAUCUCUGGUUUACAGACUCUUCCUCCUUGGCAAAAGGUGCCAGGUAGAGGGGACAGAGGCACAGAUUCCUACCCCAAAACGGGCUCUCUGGUGUCCCCCCAUCCUCCCUACUGCCUUAGGCCCUGUGCUCUUUUGGUUGUACAUUUUAUUUCAAAGGAAAAUAAAUUUUUUUUUUUUU